AUGCAUGACUACAAAUGUGGGAUUUUGUUGUUCGUGGUUAUGGGAGCCUUUGGGGCAGAAGACGGGCCUGUCUUUUGUGAGAUGCUGGGGAGCCCAGGGUUUCCUCUGCUGUUUAAGGAAGGAGAUGUCAUUAUUGGAGGAGCUUUUUCCAUCUACAGCCAAAUAUCAAAGUCCUCACUUUCCAUGACUGAACCACCCGAACCUCUGACAUGCUCCAGGAUAAAUUUGAGAGAAUUUCGAUUUGCUCAAACUAUGAUAUUUGCCAUUGAGGAAAUCAACAAUAGCAGCUCUCUGUUGCCAAAUAUUACAGUUGGUUAUAAGAUAUUUGACAGCUGUGCUUCCACAUUACCUACAACACAUACAGUGAUGGGUCUAAUGAAUGGACAUGAGAGGACUUUGGACAAAACUUGCUCUGGUCAGUCAUCUGUUCAUGCCAUUAUUGGAACAUCUGAGUCUUCUACCACCAUUGCAAUGCUACAAAUUUCAUCAAUUUUGCAAAUGCCAGUGAUCAGCCACUUUGCAACAUGUGCAUGUCUCAGUAACAGAAAAGAGUACCCCUCCUUCUUCAGAACCAUUCCCAGUGACUACUACCAGAGCAGAGCUCUGGCUAAACUGGUAAAGCACUUUGGAUGGACCUGGGUUGGUGCAGUUAGAAGUGACAAUGACUAUGGUAAUGAUGGGAUGGCAACAUUUAUCACUGUAGCAAGUCAGGAGGGGGUUUGUGUUGAGUACUCAGAGGCCAUCUCAAGAACUGGUUCUACAGAGCAGCUGGAGAGGGUUAUCAGAGUGAUUCAAAGAGGUACAGCAAGAGUUUUAGUGGCUUUCCUUGCURAMGKWGAGAUGGAUGUUCUUCUUGAGGAGGCUCUGCGGCAGAACUUAACUGGGCUGCAGUGGGUGGGCAGUGAAUCCUGGAUAACAUCYAGUCAUUUGGCUAAUAAGAGGUUCUCUGGUAUACUAAUAGGAUCACUGGGUUUUGCCAUUAAAAAGGCUAAAAUCAAAGGCCUCCGAGAAUUUCUUUUACAGGUUCACCCAAGUCAGGCUCCUCAGAACAAUCUGGUGAGAGAAUUCUGGGAAACAACCUUUGGCUGCAGUUUUCAGUCCAGUCUGCAUGGCACAGAGCAAUGCUCUGGCUUUGAGAGACUUCAGGAUGCAAACAAUGCUUUCACAGAUGUGUCAGAGCUGAGAAUAUCCAACAAUGUGUAUAAAGCUGUGCAUGCUGUUGCUCAUGCUAUGCAUGCCAUGUUUAAAUGUGGCCAAAGUGGAGAGGCAGUGAAUCACUCAUGUAUUUUGAUUGAUCCUUUUGAGCCAAGACAGGUUGUGAAACAUCUCCAGGAUGUUAAUUUUUCUCUUCAAUCAGGGGAGAGAGUGUAUUUUGAUGAAAACGGAGACCCUUCUGCAACAUAUGAGCUUGUGAACUGGCAGAGAAAUUCAGCAGGAGAUAUUUUGUUCAUGACUUUUGGGAACUACAAUGCUUCAUUACCAAAUGGAAAACAGUUUACUAUGAAUAUGAUGAAUAUAACAUGGGCUGGGGAGUCCUUGCAGAGGCCACUGUCUGUCUGCAGUGAGAYUUGCCUUCCAGGUUUCCGACAGGCGAUGAUUAAAGACAAACCUAUCUGCUGCUUUUCAUGUGUCCCCUGUACUGCUGGAGAGAUCAGCAACUCCAGCAAUUCUGCAGAAUGUUCACGAUGUCCACCGGACUUCUGGUCAAAUGAUGAUCACAGCAAGUGUGUUCCAAAGAUGAUCGAGUUCCUUUCAUAUGGAGACACUAUGGGAGCUCUUCUCACUGCUUUCUCACUGCUGGGUGCAAGUUUAACUUUGGUGGUUCUAUUUGUGUUUAUUCGAUUUCGUCACACUCCUCUUGUCAAAGCCAGUAACUCUGAGCUGAGCUUCCUGCUGCUGUUCUCCUUGGCUCUGUGUUUCCUGUGUUCUCUCACUUUCAUUGGCCAGCCGACUGAGUGGUCCUGCAUGCUGCGCCACACAGCUUUUGGCACAACAUUUGCAUUGUCCAUAUCAUGUAUUUUGGCAAAAACUAUAACAGUGGUGGUAGCCUUUAAAGCUAAUGGACCAGCAAGCACAGUUCCUCAGUGUUCUGCUCCUCUUCAGAGAACAAGUGUUCUAAGCUGUACUUUAAUUCAGGUGUUAGUUUGUGUGCUGUGGUUGGCUUAUGCUCCACCAAUUCCACACAGAAAUACAGCUCAUUCUACUGAAAUGAUUAUUCUAGAGUGUGAUUUGGGUUCACCAGUAGCGUUUUGGGUUGUUCUGGGUUAUAUCGGCCUACUGGCUGUGCUAUGUCUAAUCCUUGCYUUURUGUCUCGAAAGCUUCCCGAUAAUUUUAAUGAAGCCAAYUUUAUCACUUUUAGCAUGGUAAUAUUUAGUGCAGUGUGGCUCACAUUUAUCCCAGCAUAUGUCAGCUCUCCUGGAAAGUUUACUGUAGCUGUAGAGAUAUUUGCCAUGCUGGCCUCAAGUUUUGGGCUACUUAUCAGUAUUUUUGCUCCAAAAUGUUACAUUCUACUUAUGAAGCCAGAAAAGAAUACUAAAAAUCACAUGAUGGGAAGAAAUUCUAAUACCUUUUUCAACUGA